AUGGCGACAUCUUUGGUUCGUUCGGUCAAAGGAGUUCCUCGAUACCCUCCUUGGUUACAGAAGGCGUUGAAGAUCAAGGACGAGACGGAGCAGUUCUGGAUCAAGCAGCAUCAAGUGGUGGAAGUGAACAAGCAGAAGCAGCAACGACCAAACGAGUCUUUCGUGAACGUCUGGGUUAGUAUCGCAGCCGAUGACGCUCUAGCCGUCAAGAUGUUCCUGGAGGAGGACAAAAGUCGAUUCUUCUUAAGAAAAGACUUUGUCCGUCACACUAGAAUGGGCGUCGAGGGCGGUGGAGGUGGCGAGUCUCUGCUACAUGAAGCGAGCUACGUGGGCUCUCUGAAGGUCGUGCGCUUCUUAGUUAGCUUCAUGCAGACCCACUUCGCUCCGCAGAUUUGUGUCGACGCCGUGAAUGCCGUUGACACGCAGUACAGUCUCACAACUCCAAUGAUCGCAGCGUGUCGAAACUCACUUGGAGCAAUUGCCAAUCGUGUCGAGAUCGUAAAACUGCUAGUGGAAGCUGGAGGAGACACUGCGCGUCGAGAUUCCCACGGUGACAAUGUCCUGCAUUGGUGCGCUCGAACCUCGCAAGUGUUGCUACUUCGAUUUCUCUUAAAACACACAGACGCUGUGGUUGUCGCUCUAUCCACAGAAAACUACAAGCGACAGACACUGCAACUGGAUCGAAAUCGUUGUCUCUCCACUCUCACGGUGGUCGAACUACUGGUCGGUGUUAACUCGACGUGUAAUUUACGCCUUAAAAUGCUUCGAAUCCGACGCCACGAGGAUCUCGUUCGAGCUGAGGACUCUGCGUAUGAUCAAGAGCAACUGGCCGCUGUGCUGGAAUUAUCGGAGCGGCUAGUUCCUCAAGCGGAUAAGCUCUGGCGUGAGGCCAUCGAGGGCGCGGAGAGAAGCCGCAAAGCGCAAGAGCAGCAGCACUGGCUGGAGACCAAGAACGGUAAGCUGUUCGUCAAGAAGCAGAUCCCGUUCGCAAUAGUCGACAUCAAGCAAGCUGUGCACACUGGCAAGAUGCCCAAACCCAAAGACUUUAAGGCUGCAGUGAAGCAGCGCGUGCAGGAUCUUUACGUCGUUGAGAAGGAGCUGAGCGCUAGGAAAGCCGCUAUCGAGGCCUUCGUCGCCCACCACCCGCCAUAUCCUCGAGAUCGGGUCGCUGAGCUGCGGCGUAUGCUACAGCUGUGA